AUGAGCAGAAUUUGUGAAGUUUGCGGAGAAUCUAAAGGAAUUGAGGUCCUAAGGAUUGGCGAACUGUUGGCAGCCGUGAAUUCAUUCAAUUUUAAAGUGACUCAAAACGUGGUAAAUAUUAGCGAUAAAAAUGAAUUUUACCGCAUAUCCAAAACAAUGACCGAUAAUCACAUCAGGGAUACCACAAAAUUUAGCAAAGGUUUGGUAUCGUUUGCCAACACCUGUCCCGACGACCAGUUAUCGCUGUUAAAUACCGAUGCGUUAAACGCCGAGAUCACAGAGAUUGAGACCUACCUGUCAAACAGUGACAUCAAUUCAACCAUAAUUAGUCAGCCAAACACACCGGACUCGAGCUCAGGGAUAGUCCCGGAGCGGUCACCGGCAGUGUUGCCCUAUUUUGAGCAAAUGGUUGACUACAAGGGGUUCAACGAGUUGGAGACCAAUCGGCUGUUGGAGUUGUUUACGGCCGCCAACGCCUUGUUUCACGAGAUUAUACCCAUUAAUGUCACAGAGUUUACAAAUCUAGAUGAAUACAUGAGUCUAGAUGUCCAGCAUUUAACUCGUGGAAUUACCAACGUGGUACAUUUUUCAGAUAAUCUAAGCCUGUGCGAUAACCUGUACAACGAGGACAAACUGACCCUGGUCAAGUACGGAACUACUGAUGUGAAAAUGUUGCGAUCAGUAACCAUAUUUGAUUACGAGGCUCAAUGCUGGAGAGUUAAAAUUAAUAAUAAUAUGACCGCAGCAUUCAGAUUAACCAUGUUGGAAAUAUUUGAACACUACAAUGUGCUCAAUAGAUUUAUUAACAACAUAUACGCGGAAUGGGACUGCGAUUCCGUUAUAUUAGACCUGGAUAAUAUACUAAAUGACAAACAAAGGGAAUUCAAGAAAGCGGUGGCCGAAGAGAAUCGCAAAAUACGGCAAAAUAAAAAUAAAUACUUAUCAAACUAUACAUCGGAUCAAUCGCUGGCCCAGUGUUUGCCUAAUGAGGGGUUUGACUGUAGUUUUCAAAUCAUUACCACCGAGGACAAUGAUCAUGACUUAAGCAACAGCCAGAUGAAUAUUUAUUAUUCAAAUGAGACACUCAAACACACUUUACCUGCCAUUGAAAUUGGCUAUAAUAUGCGCGAAUCGUUCAACGAGUUAGAGACAAAUAAACUGACUGAGUUGUUACGGGCAAUGACAGUAUAUCCGUGUCCGCCACCCGCAGCGGACACCGAGUACGACAACAUGAUUGUCAUCAGACAAGCGCUGAGCCUGAAGUACGAGAACGAGAUCAAAAACAUGGUAAAUGUGAUGCAAAAGUUGCCCAUUUUUAGCCACAUCUGCGAUAACGAUAGGAUAGCGCUCGUGAAGUACGGAUUCAUUGAGAUAUUUCUGUUGCGAUCGGUUCUGGGCUUUAAUUUUCACACACAAGACAUGAUAUUAACAGUGGAAAGCGAUCACUUGUUUCGCUUCAAACUUGAUUUAUUGCGGACUAAUAAAAGACAAUUUCACGACUUUUACAAACAAUAUCUCUACGCUAUGGGACCGGAGAUACAGACAAACACUGUUAUCAUUGAUUUGGAAUGGAUAUUAAAUGAGGAGCAAAAGGAAGUGAUCCGAAAGCGAUUGCAUGAGAAUCGACUCAUGAAACUUAAGACAAACACCGAGAGUAAUUCAAGCGAUGAUAAUAAUCGUGAUAAAAAAUCAGCUAAAGAGCGCAAGGUCAGAAAGAAAAAAGUUGAUAACAACAACAAUAGCCACAACUCGGAUGAUAACACCGACAUCGAUGUCCCGACAGUACCCGCGCUUAAGACAUAUGCCUCGAGUAGUAGUGAUAACACUGACAGUCGAUCGCCAGCUCUUCACACCGAUUACGAGGAGCUAAACACAGCCAUCGAUGGUAUGGCAAGUGAUCAUAACGAGUGGUCGUCGACCUCUUCGUGUGACAGCGAUUCCGGCGGCGGUGAUAAUCACCGAUCGCUGAUUCCCAUCCAUCGGCCGAUCGCUGACUACAGCAACAACUUUAACGAAAGGGAAGGCGUCUGUCUGUCGGAGCUGUUGUCGGCCAUGGAUUCGGUGAGGGAUCCGAUAUCACCCACGGCUCGGGAGUUGACAGACUUUCAUCACAUCUACCAGAUUAUGACCAUUAGAUUAGAUCACGGGAUUAGAGAUAUCAUUAAAUUGAGCAAAAAUCUAACCACAUUUAAAGCCGUGUCCGAAAUGGACAGAUAUAUACUCGUAAAGCAAAGCUGUGUUGAGAUAUGUUUAAUGAGAUCAGCCCUCGUAUACGACUACCGCACCGGCUAUUGGAAUAUAUUUCUGUUGACGGCUAUAACGCUAUUCAAUCCAAACCAACCUAACCUAUCCAACAGGGAUGCUGUUCAGUUUCAACAAAAAUUAUACCUGUACUUAUUGAGACGAUAUUUGCAGCUGAAGUACCGGUGGGACAGCGAAUGGAAAUUUAAACAAAUACUGAACGUGGUAAAUGAUGUGCACGUGCUGGGUCAUUUACAGAGACAGAGUAGCGUUGACAGAGACCCCAACCAAUUGGGUCCACUACUCACCGAAAUCUAUGACAUUCCCAAACAAAUCACAACCAAUUGA